AUGCUACUCUCUCCCCAAUCCGGGGGCAGAUUGGGGAGGACUGUUGUUGAUACUGGUGUUGUCAAUGGGCGAUCUGGAAAGAAGAGUCGAUGGGCAUUUCUGCCGGAGCUGAAGAGGGCGAAGGGGGAAGCGAUAGAUCUGAUUAGAUUUUGGCCCCUUCACAACGCCUAUGCCAUCUCUGCGACCAUCAACCUCACCACCGUUGUGGGCGUCAAUUCUCGAUCUUCUUCGUUCUGA